CACGAGAAAGGAGCCGGUGGCAGCUUGGUUCCUGCGCAGAUGCUGGGGCUGUAAGCGCCGCGCGGUCGGCUGGUUUCGGCUCGCGGGGAGGACGCCGGCGCUCGCCUUCCCUCCGCUGCCUCCGCCGCUGCCAUGAUUCCGGUAUCGCUGGUGGUGGUGGUGGUGGGCGGCUGGACUGCCGUCUACCUGACCGACUUGGUGCUGAAGUCAUCUGUGUAUUUUAAGCAUUCUUAUGAAGACUGGCUGGAAAACAACGGGUUGAGCAUCUCGCCUUUUCACAUACGAUGGCAGACUGCUGUUUUCAACCGUGCCUUUUACAGCUGGGGACGGCGGAAAGCAAGGAUGCUUUACCAGUGGUUCAAUUUUGGAAUGGUGUUUGGCGUAAUUGCCAUGUUCAGCUCUUUUUUUCUCCUGGGGAGAACACUGAUGCAGACUUUAUCACAAAUGAUGGUUGACUCUCCCUCUUAUUCUUCCUCCUCAUCUUCCUCUUCCUCCUUGUCUUCCUCUUCCUCUUCUUCCUCCUCAUCUUCAUCCUCUUCCUCCUCCUCACUUCACAACGAACAGGUGCUCCAAGUUGUGGUUCCUGGCAUAAAUUUACCCGUCAGCCAACUGACCUAUUUCUUCGCUGCAGUUCUCAUUAGUGGUGUUGUACAUGAAAUUGGACAUGGGAUAGCAGCUAUUAGGGAACAAGUUCGAUUUAAUGGCUUUGGGAUUUUUCUCUUCAUUAUUUAUCCUGGAGCAUUUGUUGAUCUGUUUACCACUCAUUUGCAACUUAUAUCACCAGUCCAGCAGCUAAGGAUAUUUUGUGCAGGUAUCUGGCACAAUUUCGUCCUUGCACUCCUGGGUAUCUUAGCUCUUGUUCUCCUCCCUGUAAUUCUCUUGCCGUUUUAUUACACUGGAGUUGGGGUGCUCAUCACUGAAGUUGCUGAGGACUCACCUGCCAUUGGACCCAGAGGCCUUUUUGUGGGAGACCUUGUCACCCAUCUACAGGAUUGUCCUGUUACUAAUGUACAAGAUUGGAAUGAAUGUCUAGAUACCAUCGCCUAUGAGCCCCAAAUUGGUUACUGUAUAAGUGCAUCAACUUUACAGCAGUUAAGCUUCCCAGUUAGAGCAUACAAACGACUAGAUGGUUCGACCGAAUGCUGUAACAAUCACAGCCUUACAGAUGUGUGCUUUUCCUAUAGAAAUAAUUUUAAUAAACGUUUGCAUACAUGUCUACCUGCCCGGAAAGCAGUUGAAGCCACCCAAGUUUGUAGAACCAAUAAAGAUUGUAAAAAAAGCUCAAGUUCAAGUUUCUGUAUAAUACCUUCUUUGGAGACUCAUACUCGCUUAAUAAAAGUGAAACACCCACCUCAGAUUGAUAUGUUGUAUGUAGGACACCCACUGCACCUUCAUUACACAGUGAGCAUCACCAGUUUUAUCCCACGUUUCAACUUCCUAAGCAUAGAUCUGCCUGUGGUUGUGGAGACAUUUGUCAAGUACCUGAUUUCCCUCUCAGGAGCUCUGGCUAUUGUUAAUGCAGUGCCCUGCUUUGCUUUGGACGGACAGUGGAUUUUAAACUCUUUCCUAGAUGCUACUCUUACCUCAGUAAUUGGAGACAAUGACGUCAAAGAUCUGAUAGGAUUUUUCAUCUUGCUUGGUGGCAGUGUACUUUUGGCUGCCAAUGUGACCCUGGGACUCUGGAUGGUUACAGCCCGGUAAUAUUUGCUCUCAUUUGAUAGAAUCUCUGAGCUACAAUAUACAAUAUUGAAAACCUUACUUGGUAUGAAAUAUAAAGUGUUUCCUUAAAAUUACAUUUUAGCCAAGAACUUAAGUUCUUCCUUUUUCCAGAGUAUCCAAACUCUGGGAUGAGGAAUAAACAGAAGAAAUGACAGGCAUAGUCCCUGAUUACCUUCUAGUUUUAAUGACCGAACCUACAAACUUCAGACAGAUGCUUGUGGAACAAUUUCUAAACCAGUGCAGAUUCAUGUUAAACCAUUUUUAUGUGACUGUAUGUCCUGUUGAAAUAAUAUAAAGGAAAACAGAAUUGGGUGGGAUUAAUUAGGAAAAACUUCUUGAAAAAGUAUCAUUAAUCCAGAUUUGAAGGAGGCCAGACUUUGGCCAAAUAGAAGGGUGAGCAUUUUCUUGGCCUAUGUCUCUUGUCCUUUUGUCUUGUUUGAGAAGUAUUUUAAAAUUAAAUACUGUAUUAUUUUGUACUCUUGACAACUGAGAUUACAAUUAAAUUAAUAAAAUUCCGUAAAAGAAUCUGCUGAUAGGAAAGGGAAAAUCUUUGUCAAAUGAUGCCAAAUACAUGAACAAAUAGGAAGUACAGUCUAUAAUAUUGUGAAACAUGUUUUGCCCAACAAGAGUUGCCCCUUUGAUAAUAUGUCCCUGUACUCUCAUAAAGCAGCACUAGCCUUGACAUUCACAGUGAGCUGCGGGAACCAUCUCCCAUCUGCAGCAUGUGAGCUGAGGCACUUAGGGGUGAGCCUUAGAGCUGAGCCAGGUGCGUCUUGUGGCAAAUCACAAGGCAGAUGGCAGGACCUUCUGCAGUCCUGGUUACCAUUCUCUACAGAGCUGUAAAGCUUGGAACGCUUCAGGGGUAGACAUUUUCUCUUGUGCUGCUGGGGCUAACUGGGGCCUAGCUCCUGGGUUCUGUCUUCAGGAAGCAACUACCUUAAGCCCUGAACUAUACUCUGUCCUCAUCAGUGGCUCCCAUGUUCCUCUUUGUUGGGUAAUUAAAUACAUAGUCCUUGUUUUCCAUCUUUCCUCUAAGCUACCUCUGUGCGUCCGUGAAAGACUUGAUAGUACAGUGAGAAUGGCUACAUGUGAGUACACACGUGGAUUUGCCAGAGCCUGGAAACUGGCUCUUGAGCCCAAAAGAGCCCUGCCUAGUUUGAGAUCUUUGAGACAGGAGAUGUAGCCAUGGGUGAUCCAGGAACUCAAUAGGCCAGUGUGAAACUAUUGGUCUUAGGAAGUAUAUAAGCAUGCUGUUUGUUUGAUGAAAAAUACGUGCUUCUCUCAUAUACUCAAGAACUUUAACAGUCUUGUAUCCAACUCUUUCACUAAGUGAGGUAUUCAUGGGGUUCACCUCUUUGAGUCACCGAGUUGCUCUUUAGGCACUAGAACUUUGUAGUCAUUUUUAAGGAAGUUUAGGUUGUAUUAUAAAUCUGCCUGCCUUCUUAAACAGAAAUUAUAUAUUGAAUAUAAUUUAACUUUUUUUAAGUAACUUGAGGUCAUCAGUUAUUGCCACUACUUAAAACCAUAGGAAUUACUGGUUUAUCCUAGGAAAAAGGCAUUUGUUCUAUUUUAGGCAGACAGUAUUCCAGAAUUAAAGUAUAUUAGCAGAGUAAUGCUCAGACCUGUUCAGGUAGUAAAGCUUGGGGAAUACUAUGAAAUACUUACCUAAUUAAUUUGAUUACAUUAACAAAGCAGAAUAGAAAUGCUGUAUAUGUGCAGGGUUUUUUUUUUUUCUUUUUUAAAAAUUUUUUAUCGUAGUUGAGGGUUUGCUGUGUUGUUUUUUUUUUUAACUGAGAAAAAAUUUUAGUAGAUGAAAUCUUAGCUGUUAACUUCAUUUUCUGAAUAGAAAAAUAACCCCAAACACCUCAUUUUCUUACAGCUUUUAAACACCUUGGUCUUUUGCUCCAUAGGGUCAGGAUUUGGGAAUGCUCUGUUAGGAUAUUGAGCAGAUAGUCCCAUUUUUACAAAAAUGGCCUCAUUGUUUAAGAAAGGAAACAUUUCUCUUCAGCUUGACUGUGGGCACUUCUAGAGCAAGGAUUGUGUCAUUCUCAUGUUUGCAUCCCAGGCACAGUGCAUGAGACAUCAAAAGUACUUAAUAAAUGUGGUCGAAUGGAUAAUGAUUAGUGUUAUUUAUGGGUUAGAAGAGCAUGUUUCUAUUUAAGUAAGCUGUAAAAAAGUGUUAUUGAGUAUUUACUGUAAAUAUAUGUCAGCAUAAAAAAUAAUAACUUGGAAGGUCUUUUGUGUCCCUGGUAUGUUAUCAUCUUGAUGAAAAUAAUCCAUUUUGGUUUUUGAAGAGCAAUUAGAAAAAUGAAUUAUUCUGAGGAUUUGAAGAAAAUGUUCUGUGUUGUCACAUUGUUCAACAGUAAAACUUUCAGUGUUCCAACUGCAUUGUUUACAUUGGUGAGAGAUGUUUUUAAUCACUUACAGUCUGUAAGAAUGUAUAUAUUCUUUUCAGCAUCUCAGUUUGAAAAGACAUGCAGGUUAAACUUGACCUUUUGAUAAUCGCCCUUAUAGGUCAUUAUCUGUUCUAAUGGUAACGUGUAAACAUGCUUCAUGGAUAUGUGGCUCUCAGUCAUCAGUUUGUCCUGUGGUUAUUUAUUGAAUGUCCACAUACUAAUGGUGCACAGGUGUUUUUUUUCUAUAAAUCUUUCAACUGAGAUGUAAUUCAUUCUUAGGCUUUAACUUGAAGAUAUCAUAGUUGCUGGCAUUUGAUGUUUAGCAAUAAAAGAAUAAAUGUGUACCAGCAUUCCA